CCUGGCCCUGCACAUAAAGAACCUCCGCACCGCCUCCUCAUCCCCCCAAUCGCCAGCUACAUCCCCCUACUUUGCCCACAAGAACCAUGCCAGCGACCUCUACGCCCUGUGCAUAACCCUCGUCCCCAAGACUCCCAUCUCCGGCGACGCGCUCGUGUGGGGCAACCACUUCAGCCACCCCAUUCGUGACUCGCUGCCAAUGGCCUUCCCGCUGCUGUUCUCCGCUGCGAGGUGGAUUGAUCCGAGUCUCGACGCGGACGUGUAUGCGGAUGAGCCGUGGAUAUUUGGGCCCGCUCUGGCGUCCAUGUCCGCCAUCUCCACCUCUUCCCCCAGCUCUCCGCCUUGCCCCGAGAAAAAGGGAGGCGGAGGAGGGGAGGAAGUCGGCGGGUUGGUGGAGGAUAAUGGAAUGGGCCUCACGGCGAAAGCGCGCAGGAAGCACUUCCUGACGGAGCGUAGGAGGAAAGAGUGGGUGUUUGAGCCGGGGAAAGUGUACGAGAUGGAAUUCUCGGGUCCCUGGUUGGAUCUCGCCGAGUUUAGGGUCGUGUUGCCCGGAUUCAGGGUGGACAUCUUGAAGUAUUGGGAUGGGCAGCCCCUGAGGUUCUUGUUGAGGAAUAGAGCGAGUGGGGAGGUUUAUCUGGUUGUUGAGUUUGACCUGGUGGAGGGGGAAGAGGAAGGGUCGGAUGGGAGGAGUACCAGUAGUGGGGAGGAGGAUAUCGAUUAG